GCGGCGCUUCCACCGCCUUCGGUGCAGUGCACGCGCCCGAGCGCAUCUCAACACCCGCGAUACGCGCACAAUAAACGCACAAAAUAAACUUUAUCAACAAAAUUUUAAAAAAAAAUUUCGGAAAUAAUUAGUGUUAGUUAAAAAUUAAAAAUAAAUAAACUAUUCCAUAUCGUCGGGCAGCGGAGAUGUGAAGCAUGUUUGUGGAGCCGGCGACGACUGCCGCCGCGCCGCUGGUGCUGCUUCUACUAGCCACUACCAUUGGUGUGGCAUAUCAGCCUGACUUUCAGGAGCCAAUCACGAAUCUAACUGUGCCCAUGGGAAGAGAUGCGACGUUUCGAUGUCUUGUCCACCAUCUGGGUGGCUAUCGGGUGGGUUGGGUGAAAGCCGACACGAAGGCAAUCCAGGCCAUUCACGACCACGUCAUCACACACAACUCGCGGGUGUCAGUCUCGCACAACGACCACACCAUCUGGAACCUGCAUAUCAAAAGCGUGCAGGAAGAGGACCGCGGGCAGUACAUGUGUCAGAUCAACACGGAUCCAAUGAAGAGUCAGUUGGGUACUUUGGAUGUAGUGGUACCGCCAGAUUUCAUUUCGGAGGAGACGUCCGGAGACAUCAUGGUGCCCGAGGGCGGAAUCGUGAAGCUGGCGUGCAAAGCGCGAGGCCAUCCAGCUCCGCACGUACUCUGGCGGCGUGAGGACGGUGAAGAUAUCAUCGUGCGCGAACCCAACGGACAGCGUAUCCGCGCCGUGUCCUAUCAGGGCGAGAUGCUGAAACUCGUCAAAAUAUCCCGGACGGAAAUGGGUGCCUACAUGUGUAUCGCAUCCAAUGGAGUACCACCGACUGUAAGCAAACGGAUUAUGGUAAAUGUACACUUCCAUCCGGUGAUACACGUGCCCAACCAGCUGGUGGGCGCUCCGCUCAACACUGACGUCGUCCUCGAGUGCUACGUUGAAGCCUCUCCGAAAUCCAUUAACUAUUGGGUCCGCGACACGGCCAUACCCGGUGGCGGCGGCAUGGUCAUCUCGAGCGCCAAACACGAGGUGAAGACGAACAGCAAGUCGCUCUUUGAGACCAAAAUGAUUCUCAUCGUGCGCCAUCUUAUGCCGGACGACCUCGGCAGCUACAAGUGUAUUGCGAAGAAUUCUCUCGGGGAAGUUGAGAGCAGUAUUCGGGUUUAUGAAAUCCCAGGCCCGACACGAAUCGUUGCCCCGCCGGACGAAGAAGACUACAACGACCAAAUCGGCUCCGCAGAGCGUGACCAGGACGAAGAAGUCUCCAACAGCGUGGCGGACCGCAGCCCGCACUCCAGCGGUGCAUCCUCAUCCUCCUCUUCAUCGGCGUCUUCGUCUUCAGGCGGCAGUAACGUGAUUGCGGUGCACGCCGGUGGCGCUCCACCGACCGUAGCAACACCACGGGGCACUUCGCUCAUGAACCACGUCCCCGUUGACCCGGCGCCCAACACCGCCACCCACCCAUUCUUCCAUUCUGCCAAAUUUAUCGAUACUGAGAUCAUCGCGCUAUUCCUUCUCUAUGCGACGAUGCACUUCCGGCGACGUCGAAUAUGAUCACGCAAAUCAGCCGUCAGCGUACACUUUGUGUAGUGACAAUAAUCAUCAUGUUCAAUUUGUAUAAUUUAUUUUUUUACUCCAGUCUACUACGUUGAGCGUUCAAAACUAGAUGAUUUAUUUGUUAAAAAGAAAAAGUUUCGAGUUGUAUAAAUGAUUAUUACGUACAUAGUUGUCGAGAAUAUUGUAUAAUAUGAGAUAUAUAAGUGUUGGAUUGGUUGCUGAUAUAAAACUAGCUUGUAUGUAUGGUUGCAUUGCGUAAGCUACUGUAAACUACUCGACUUGAACACGGAGGCAACGUGGCAAAAUGAAAGCGUGUGAGUGCAAGCAUAAAAUAUUGAAUGUGAGUUGUGUGUGACAGUUUUGCGGAUGAAUGUGGGAUCAUGUAUAAAGAUGUGGAACGGUUGAGACCAUACAGUAUGUUGCCUUAUAAUGUAUGUCAAAUGAAUCGUAGAUUCACAAAUCGAAAAAAAAACAUGUAAAAUUACUACAGAACAUAAGACAUGAACGAACUAGAUCAAAUUUUAGCGCAUACUAAGUACAUAACGAAUAUAUUAAGGUGUAAUUACACGCAAGUAAACCAAAAGAAAAAAAAAUGAAGAAAACAUGACGAUGAAGAAUUUAUGAAGUUGUUCGCUGGAUAUGUUAUUGUAUAUCAAAGGCAUCUGUUAAUAUAUCUUAUG